UUGAAGAUUUCAACCGUUUUGAAUCUUCUUGGCAGUUGCCACAUUUUCAUACUAAAUUUAAUAAUGAUCAUACAAAAGAAAAAAAAAACUUUUAGAAAAAACAAAGAAUGGAGGAAAAAUAAAGAGAGAUAAUAGGAGAAGAGACGAGCAUAGCACGCAUCCAACAUUGACAACAACAUACCUCUAAUACAAUUACCCCUUUUUUUUUACCUUCAUUCUUAAGCCUUUUCCACCCUUUUCUUCUAAUCAUAUCCAUUUUGUUUUCCUACUUAUACGCAAUACCCUUUUCUUGUUUUGUCAAGAGGGGAAAGUUGGGUGGUUGAGUCUUUGUUUCUUGUUUUUUUUUUUUUUUUUAAUUGUAUUAGAUUAGGAAGAAAGAGAGUCUUGAUAGAUUAGAGGGAAUUCUUGUUUUUGUGAGAGAAAAAAGAAUGGAAGGGUUGAUGGAAAAGGGUGUUUUGGAUGAUAUAAUAAGGAGAUUAUUGGAAGAGAAGGGAGGUAAACAAGUUCAGCUAUCUGAGGCUGAGAUCCGACAGCUUUGUGUUAAUGCUCGCCAGAUUUUCCUUUCUCAGCCUAAUCUCCUCAGGAUUCGUGCCCCCAUUAGGAUCUGUGGUGACAUACAUGGGCAAUUCCAAGACUUAUUAAGACUUUUCGAAUAUGGUGGCUAUCCUCCUUCAGCAAACUAUCUUUUUCUUGGGGAUUAUGUUGAUCGUGGCAAGCAGAGUUUAGAAACAAUAUGUUUGCUACUGGCGUACAAAAUAAGGUACCCUGACAAGAUCUUCCUUCUAAGGGGGAACCACGAAGAUGCAAAAAUCAACAGGGUCUAUGGAUUUUAUGAUGAAUGUAAAAGGAGAUUCAAUGUUAGGCUAUGGAAGAUAUUCACGGACUGCUUUAAUUGUUUGCCUGUUGCUGCACUUAUUGAUGAAAAGAUCCUUUGCAUGCAUGGCGGAAUUUCUCCAGAACUAAAAAAUCUGGAACAAAUAAACGAAAUCCAGCGGCCAGCUGAGAUUCCAGAUGGCGGCUUGCUGUGUGAUCUGCUGUGGGCUGAUCCUGACCCUAGAAUUAAGGGUUGGUCAGAUAGUGAUCGAGGUGUUUCUUGUACUUUUGGACCUGAUGUAGUUGCUGAAUUUUUGGCUAAGAAUGAGUUAGACCUCAUCUGCCGGGGUCAUCAGGUGGUGGAGGAUGGAUAUGAAUUCUUUGCUAAGCGAAGACUUGUGACUCUAUUUUCUGCUCCCAAUUACGGUGGGGAAUUCGAUAAUGCAGGUGCCCUAUUAAGCGUUGAUGAGCAACUUGUAUGCUCCUUUGAAAUAUUGAAACCGGUAUUAACUAGCAGUUCAAAGUUGCCCCUUAAGAAGCCACCUAAGGUUGGAGGGAACUGAUACAGUAGAAAAUGUACAUGGAGAUAUAUCCAGUAUAUAGCGAAGAAUGACAAGCACUACAUUUUAUAUUCUGUUAUUGACACAAGCCAUCCUUUCCAAAUACCUUUUUGGCUUUGGAACUGUGGAUAGGCCAAAGGAAAAAAGAAAUCUGUAAAUCGGCAACAUAACGUGUCUUCAGAAGACCUAAGAUGUUUCAGUUGUUUAAUUUAGACACCUUUUGUUUUACUUCCUGUAUUUACUAGCACUCAAAUUUGACAAUUAUUGAUUGAGAAUGAGUUGCAUUA